UGGAGGCGCCUGCGCAAAUGGCACAGUCCCGCCCGCCGCUGCCCGAGCGGUCCUGGGAUAGCGAUGGAGACGCCGGGCGCAUCCGACCCGUCACGGUUGCUCCCGGCCGGGUCCGGUCCCCGUAGGAAGCGCGCGACUGGGGAGGCCGGGGCUGCAACGAGCAAGCAACGGGUCCUAGAUGAGGAAGAGUAUAUCGAGGGUCUCCAGACAGUUAUCCAGAGGGAUUUUUUUCCUGAUGUGGAGAAGCUGCAGGCCCAGAAGGAGUACCUGGAGGCUGAGGAGAAUGGAGACUUGGAACGGAUGCGCCAGAUUGCCAUCAAGUUUGGUUCUGCUCUGGGCAAGAUGUCCCGAGAGCCCCUGCCACCCUAUGUGACUCCAGCCACAUUUGAAACCCCUGAGGUGCACACAGGCACUGGAGUAGUGGGCAGCAAGCCCAGGCCCCGAGGCCGAGGCUUGGAGGAUGGAGAGGCUGGCGAGGAGGAGAAGAAGGAGCUGCUGCCGAACCUGGACAUCUUCCUGAGCCGCUACACAAGUGAGGACAAUGCCUCCUUCCAGGAGAUCAUGGAAGUAGCCAAGGAGAAGAGCCGGGCACGCCACGCCUGGCUCUACCAGGCUGAGGAGGAGUUUGAGAAGAGGCAGAAAGAUAACCUCGAGCUUCCGUCGGCAGAGCAUCAAGCUAUCGAGAGCAGCCAGGCCGGUGUGGAGACCUGGAAGUACAAGGCCAAGAACUCCCUCAUGUACUACCCCGAGGGUGUCCCUGAGGAACAGCAGCUGUUUAAGAAGCCCCGGCAGGUGGUGCAUAAGAACACACGCUUCCUUCGGGACCCCUUCAGCCAGGCUCUGAGCAGGUGCCAGCUCCAGCAAGCGGCUGCCCUCAAUGCCCAGCACAAACAGGGCAAGGUGGGCCCCGACGGGAAGGAGCUGAUCCCUCAGGAGUCUCCCCGCGUGGGCGGAUUCGGAUUUGUUGCCACCCCUUCUCCUGCCCCUGGUGUGAACGAGUCCCCGCUAAUGACCUGGGGGGAGGUUGAGAACACACCCUUGCGAGUUGAAGGAUCAGAAACCCCCUAUGUGGACAGGACACCGGGCCCAGCCUUCAAGAUCUUGGAGCCGGGCCGCAGGGAGCGGCUGGGGCUGAAGAUGGCCAAUGAGGCUGCUGCGAAGAACCGGGCCAAGAAGCAGGAGGCCUUGCGGAGAGUGACGGAGAACCUGGCCAGCCUCACCCCCAAAGGCCUCAGCCCUGCCAUGUCUCCAGCCCUGCAGCGCCUCGUGAGCAGGACGGCCAGCAAGUACACAGAUCGGGCCCUGAGGGCCAGCUACACGCCGUCCCCCACACGACUGACCCAUCUCAAGACCCCGGCCAGUGGGCUGCAGACCCCCACCAGCACACCCAUCCCAGCCUCUGCCGCACGCACCCCCCUCACGCUGGACCCAGCCUCCAUCACAGACAACCUGCUGCAGCUGCCCGCCCGGCGCAAAGCCUCGGACUUCUUCUAGAGCCAGGCCUGGGCUGGGCCCGUGGACACUUUGUGGAGCCUGCAGGGCAGCUGUCCACCCAGCGGAGGACUGUAGCCUUCUGAGGACCCAGGCUCGCGCCAAAAGUGGUUGCCCCUUGCAGGAACCACAGGAGAAAGGUGCCACUCUACAGCCAGGAUGGCACAGGGCGGGUGCCCACCCUGUACCCUGGGUCCUUGCCAAAACUGUUUUCUAUUUAACCCCCCAUCCCCGAACCGUCAUUAAAGGGCACUGGCACCGUC